CGCACUACAACUACCGGUCUGCAUUCAAGCGGGCUCACAUGAGCAGCACAGGGGAGGAGAACAACAGCAACACAACAAUCACACGUCGGACAUUGUAUGUACAAAUAAAUGUUUUCCUGAAGGAGACGACUGGUUUCCCGCAUUCCUCAGAGUUGGGCUUAGCCGCUCCCGAGAGUGCGCCAUACUGCGUCACUUCAUCAUCUCAUCGAGGCGAGGUCGGCUUAAAGAGCCUUGUUGAGUACUGCGCUGGCGGGGCUGGGGGCGAAGCCCAGGAAGAUGGCGUCACCCUUUGUGCCUGUCCCCGUGCCUUUGGACAGAGCCUCGUCUGCAGGUAGCGGCAAGUCCAGGAGGCCUCAGCGAGCUUCGUCACUUGGCAGCGUGUCCGGCACCUUGGCCGGGGAGGACCACGGAAGGGGAUGCGGAGGGUCGGUAUCCCGGCGGCAAUCCAGAGGCAGUCGGAGCAGGACGCCGCCCCCCCUCCUCGGCCCCAGGGCGCUGGCCACGGUCAACGGGAGUCUGGGGCCCUCCGUGGAAUACUCCGGCUGCCCGCGCUCCAUUUCGGAUCCUGCUGGGAGCCAGCAGGGCGAGGAGAGGCCCAUUACCCCCACAGUGCUGGGGUAUGAGGUCAUGGAGGAGAGGGCCAAGUUCACGGUAUUCAAGGUCCUGGUCAAGAAGACUCCAGAUGAGAGCUGGGUGGUUUUUAGAAGGUACACAGACUUCUCCAGACUCAACGACAAGCUGAAGGAGAUGUUCCCGGGCUUCCGCCUCUCGCUUCCUCCCAAGCGGUGGUUCAAAGACAACUACGACAGUGACUUCCUGGAAGACAGACAGUUGGGGCUAAAGGCGUUUUUGCAAAACCUGGUGGCACACAAGGACAUCGCCAACUGUGUGGCAGUGAGAGAGUUCCUGUGUCUGGACGACCCCCCAGGGCCUUUUGAUAGUCUGGAGGAGAGCAGAGCGUUCUGUGAGACUCUGGAGGAGAGCAACUAUCGCCUCCAAAAGGAGCUGCUCGAGAAGCAGAAGGAGAUCGCCUCCCUGAAAAGGAGGUUGCAGGAGCGGGAGAAGGCCAUUCUGCUUCUGGAGAAGCAUAUCAACGGCGAGUGUGUGAGCCCCGAGGCUCUGCGUGCCCUGUCCGCUCCGGGCAGCGACAGCAGUGCGGAUGUGGAGUCGUCCGCUGCGGAGGCGGAUCAGGAUGUGCUGGACGACACUGGAGGCCGGUGUGAGGUCCAACCGGAUGGACCCUCUGCCUGCUGGUGUGGCCCGCCGCUCAGCACUUCUCCUCCGGUCAUUGAGGUGGCUCCGCCUUACCACCAGAAGCUGGGACAAAACCAAUAAACACUGGUCGCCCUCUUCUCCCUUUCCUGCCAUAUCCCCCCUCCCUCUAUGCCCCUAAUGUUUAAGUGCUAUUUUAUAGCUUCUGUUUGUUUUUCAGGCCUCUCGUUUACCUAUUGUUCCUUCGGCCCACCUAAACUCGCAAUUUCCUCUUCCACUUGACACAUUAUUCCUGCUGUUUCUCCUUUUGGUCUUGAUGGAUGGAUCUGAAGCAGCAUUUAUCUGAAGAUGAGUGUACGUGUUAAAAGGGAACCAUCUCCUACAUCACAACAACUUUAGGACUUCCUGAGGGCUUCAAACAACACGUGGAAGAUAUGAACUAAUAUCUUGCUUUACAUGGCUGCAUGUAUUCAAACCUCAGGCUCAUAAGCUGCCCGUUUACUUUUGAACCCCAUGUAGCGGCUGCCAGUCUGAAUCGACUUGAUCCUCCGGUCGCAAAGCCAACGUUUGGCUUUUUGACCAAACAAAACAAGAUAACUUAAAGACAUUCACAGACGUGACAAUCUUCACAAAACCUGAACCAUCGUCUCACCGGAGUAUUACGGAUCAUCACGAGAGGCCCAAAACAGCACCCCAAGUGACAAAAGAAACAAGAAAACCCAACCUGUGUGGAAGUGUCAGGAUGUACGUGCACCAGGUGGGUGUCGCAAAGGAUUCGUGACCUCAUGUCACUUCCAACUCACAUCGACUCACAUUAAGGCUACAGACAGACCUUUAGACACUUUGCUGGGUUUUCACUUUCAGUCAGCGUCUAAAAGCCUCGACUCGCCCUUGUUCCAGUGCCGCGGAAGAGUUGUGGUAAACUAGAGUCCUGUGAGAGACUGUACAUGAAAAGAGGAAGUCAUGGAAAUGUGGUCUGUUCUUGCUUUUAGAACAAUGUGCUGUACUCUAAAAUGUCAUUCCUCUGACACAAGCAUCCAUUUGGGACAGUUUAAGGCGCUGCUUUAUCCUUAAGUCCAUGAAUAUUUACAACACUAAACCUCUUCUGUUAAUAGUAGACUGAGCCUGGUCGGUUUCCUCAAGGACAACCUGGAUGUCAUAACGUCAUCGAGGGAUUAGUUCACCCAUCAAGCAUCAAUGGUACUUCUCCCUGCUAGCGUGUGGCCACGCACAUAGUUUUGGUCAUAUCUGCUUAAGAUUUUAAAAAUUAUAUUUCUAUAAGUUCCACUUUAAAGUUUACUACAAAGUUUAAGCCGAAAGCUGAGCCGGCUCCAUGUUGAGAGCCGCUUUGGAGGCAAACGCAAGUUCCGUUGGCGUCUUCUGAAACGCCGGCCGCUAUCGCGAUGCAAUUCCGGUCGAUUGAAUUUGUUUUCCGUGCUUAAACUACUGGGGGAUCAAACUCCACAGAUUAUCCACUGACACGACAGUUAUUAGUGUAACCACCAUCUACCAGAGCAUAAUCCCUCUUGAUCGGGGGCCGUGACCUCACAUGCACAUUAGAACCAAAACCAUCAACAUGCAAUGCUAGAUUCCUGUAAGCGUAGGAACAUUUUGUAACCUUUUACAUCUUGGGUUGAUAAUCACAAGAAGAGUAUGCGUGACUGUAAUGCUAAUCCUGGUCGGCUGGUUGACUGCCGCGUAAUGUGCGUGUCAGGUGGUGGAUUUUGGCUCUUUUUAUAGCGGUUCGGACGGGUGUGGGUAAAAGAAAAGGGCGACCCGGGCAUCACUACCAGCCGGAGUGGUACCCGGCCUACACGUCGCGCCCAAAAGCCAUAUCUUAUCCACUGUGUUUUCACUCAUUGAUGACAAGUUGAUGAGGCGCGUAACAAACACAGCUCCAUUGAAUCGUCUCAAACUCGACCUGGCAGAAGGUCGUGUGAUGCACUUUAUGGACGAAUGGCAACCCAUGAUGCUUGCUAAGAUACGCUUGUUACUGCUUGUGUGAGACAGAAACGUGCCUUUUCACCUGCUGGAUCUGUCUUGAUUCCCAACUAGAUCUAAUGUGUCAAUACGAGAUAAAUCUAUACAAGUUUUGUUAAUGUUUUGUUUUUCUGUAAAUUCCCGUCACGUAUAAGUGCCUUGAUCAACUUUUCUCCAAAUAUGUUUAAAUAGCUUUAUAGGUUUGUUCACAACAUGAGAUGAUUUAACUUUGUUGUUCCCAUGAAUGACCCUCAUGUGUUGGUUAUUGCUUGGAAAAGACUGAAUCGACUUGUUUUUUGUCAUGUUUCAUGAUUUUAUAUGCAGUCUUAGUUACAUAUACGCAUCAUAGUAGCACUACAAAAGACUGAAGUGAAUAGCAUUCUGUGUCACUAUUAAUGUCCUGGAUUUAAAGGGGGUCUUUCACUGAGAAGUCUGGCCUGAAAUGGAAACAGUGGACACUAUAAAAUGUUAUAGGAAAGAUGUUUAUUAGAAGAAAUAUAUAAUUCACCCACAAUGAAACACAGGACGAUCUCUUGAAUACACAUGUAUGUUUUUUUCGUACUUAGUCUGCUUCCAUGAAAUUGGUUUGGUAGUUUGUGCUUGGGUGAAAUAAACUGUCAGGUGUGAUAAAUGAUGAGAAGAUGUGGGCUUCUAGUUACUGCCAGGCCCAUUUUAAAAGGUGAUGCUUUCAAAAAUGUAAUAAAUUCUUGUCACGGAAGUUUCAUCUUUUUUUAACUAUCUUUUUAAUAUCUAUCAAAUGAAAAAUAGAGGCAUUGUAGGGUUUUUGACAUGUUUAUGUGAAUUGUAUUUGUACAAUUGCAACAACGGGAGCAAUAAAAAAUGGUACGUAUGG